ACUCCUUUUUAUUAUCACAUUCAAAUCAGUCUUUCUACAUAAGAUACCAACCUAAAUAUUCUCUCUCAUAACUUCAUCCAUAUCCUUCUACCUUCGGAGCCUCUCUCUUUCUCAUCCUCUUCUUGUUUUACUCUUCCAACUCUGUAGCUAAUUUCCAGCAAAUAUUUCCACCCGCUGGCUUCAGCUUUGGGCAUUGAGAUCAGCUAAAAGCAAAGGAAACUUGUUUCAUCCAAUGGAAGUUUUAUCCUUUGUUGGAAGUUCUCUUUUAUCUACUACAUAUGACACACUAUUAGAAAAGUUAAAAGGAUAUCUAAGUGAUCAGCUAUGGAAUUCAAACAAGAAAGUACGUGUCGAGAUGGAACAUUGGAAAACUCUAUUGCUCAAAAUCACUAUUGUACUUCAACAUGCAGAAGAAAAUCAAGUUGCCAACCAAUUCGUGAAGUCAUGUCUUGAUGAUCUCAAGGACUUGGCUUGUGAUAUGGAUGACAUACUUGAAGAGUUUGUGAUUGAUGCCAAGAGUUCCGAAUUGAUUGCAAAAUCUGAAACCAGAGCUAGCAAGCGACAAAAAAUUGCCUUCAAUAUCAUGAAUUUUUUUUUGUCUAAAGCUAAGCCUAAUCUAAAGAUUGAUUCCAUGGUGAAUCAUCUUAAUGUUAGAUUGCAACAAAUUGAAGAUCAGAUGCAUAAUUUAGGUCUAAUCAAUUUAGCUUUGAAGCUUGAAAAUAAGUUUGACAAAGUAGCUGCAAAAAGACUACCUGAGUCUUCUCUUCUUGAAGAUAUAGUGUUGGGUCGAGAGAGUGAUAAAGAUGCUAUUCUUCAGAGGUUACUAGAAGAUGGAGGCAAUCUCGAACAAGACUUUGUUAUUCCCAUCAUCGGAAUGGGUGGACUAGGCAAGACAACUCUUGCUCGACUCAUCUACAACAACAAAAAACUGGAAGGCAGGUUUGACUUGAAGGCAUGGGUUUGUGUUUCUGAUGAGUUUGAUGUUGCUCGAAUAACAAGAACCAUUUUAGAACAGAUAUGGAGUCUAUCAGAAGAUAGAAGUGGAAUUCUUCCUGCCCUUAGAUUGAGCUACAAUCAUCUUCCUUCUCACUUAAAGCGAUGCUUUGCUUAUUGUGCUUUGUUCCCUAAAGACUAUGAAUUUGACAAAAAGGACUUGGUUUUGUUAUGGAUGGCUGAGGGCCUAUUACAACAACAAUCACAUAGAAAGAAGCAAAUGGAAGAAGAGAUUGGUCAUCAAUAUUUCCAGGACUUGUUAUCAAGAUCACUAUUUCAACAAUCAAGUGGAGUUAAAUCGUUGUUUGUGAUGCAUGACCUCAUAAAUGAUUUAGCUGUAGAUGUUGCUGGAGGAAUAUAUUGCAAUCUUGAACGUAGCAUGGGUGAUGAAAAAUUAGAGAAGGCUCGUCAUUUGUCAUUCACUCCACACACUUAUGAAAUCUCAAAAAGAUUCAUAGUCUUGGAUAAAUUGAAGCAUUUGAGAACAUUCUUGCCACUGAAAGCACUCACUUACAAGGAUGACUUCUAUUUGUCUAAAGAAAUCUUGCAUGAUUUGCUGCCAACUUUGAAUUGCUUAAGAGUGUUGUCUCUUUGCAACUAUCAGAUAAGCAAGCUACCAGAUUCUUUUAAAAAUUUGAAACAUAUUCGGUACAUUGAUUUGUCUGGUACAUGUAUUGAAUGUAUACCUGAAUCAGUGGGUUCUCUUCUCUUCUUGCAAACACUAUUAUUUCGUGGUUGUAGAAAGCUUACUAAGUUGCCUACGACGAUUGGGAAUUUAAUUGAUCUCCAUCAUCUUGAUAUUUCUGGUACAUCAUCUUUAGAAGAGAUGCCAUCAGAAAUAGGCAAUCUUAAAAAUCUUGUAACACUGCCCAAAUUAUUCGUGCGGAAGGCAAGUGGAAUGAUGAGAUUAUCUGAUUUGAAGAACUUGUCGCAACUUCGAGGAAGACUAUCUAUUCUGGAUUUGCAGAAUGUUUUGGAUGUUCAAGAUGCUAGGGAUGCCAACCUAGACAAGCUCCAUGGUUUGGAAGAGUUAGUCUUGGAGUGGACUACUUCUGAUAAUGAUGGAGAUGAAUUAGUCCUUGAAAUGCAAGUCUUCAACUGGUUAAAACCUCAUUCAAAUUUGAAAAGCCUUGAAAUUUCUUGCUAUGGUGGCAGAAGUUUCCCAAAUUGGAUUUGUGAUCCAUUAUUAUUUAUCAAUUUAUCAUUUAUAAAGCUCAGGUGUUGUGAGAGAUGCACUUCGUUACCAUCACUUGGCCUACUACCUGUUCUCAAAAAAUUGAUUGUUAUAGGCAUGGUGGCAAUAGAAGUUUUAGGUUUUGAGUUUUAUGGGGGACAUGUCUCUUUUCCUUCAUUGGAGGAACUGGUGUUUGAGAACAUGUUAAAUUGGAAGGAAUGGACUUCUCCAAUUGGAGGUGAAGGUGGAUUCCCUUGUCUUCAUAGGCUUGUCAUUCAAAAUUGUCCUAAGUUGCUCAAACAAUUACCUAGCAACCUUUCUUCACUUGAAGAGUUGGGAGUUAGAAACUGCAGUGUGAAGUUUUUAAAGAGCAUGGUUGAUCUCACCUCCCUUAUUAAAUUGAGAAUAUGGGGAAUUGCAGAAUUGACUUGCUUGCCUGAGAGUUUUACACGGUCCUUAACAGCACUUGAGACUCUAAAUAUUGGAUAUUGCAAUGAUCUUACUUGUUUGUGGGAGGAAGGGGCAAAAAUAGAACAAAACAUCUUGCCUUUUACUCUUAAACAUCUUACCCUUGAGCAAUGUAGAGCCUUGACAUCAUUACCCAAUGCCAUGAUGGUGCAGAUGGAUGAAAGCUGUAGUAGCAACACUAGUAUGUUGAUGUUGAGGCUAGAAAAGUUAGUAAUUUGUGGUUGUGAUUCUCUCAAGUCUUUUCCAAGAGGCAAAUUACCCAUCACGCUUAAAUACUUGAGAAUGGUAGACUGUAUGGGCCUGGAGUCUUUACCAGAUAGGGAUGGUGACAAUAAUAAUAACAAUAUAUAUUUGGAAAUAGGGAAUGUUCCAUGUUUGUAUUCUUCUGAGGGUUGUCAUCAGUUACCAGCUUUUCUCAAGAGAUUUGAAGUUUGGGGUGACAAGUUGAAAUCAUUUCCAGAGAGAAUGCUGCAACAUUGUACGGGACUCCAAUCCAUUUUUAUUUCCAAUUGUAAAAUGUUGAAAAGUUUACCCACCCUUGAUUACGUCAACAAUCUCGUUGAAUUAUAUAUUCGGGGGUGUGGAGUUUUAGAGUCCUUAUCAGAAGAGUUGGGGUUAUGCACCCCCAAUUUGAAGAGUUUGCAUAUAGGAGAGUGUGAGAAUUUCAAAUCCCUCCCAAAUACGACGUACUUGCUGGAAUCUCUUAAAAUGCUAUGGAUGGAAGACUGCCCCAGCAUCGAGUUCAUUCCAGAUGGGGGUUUGCCCCCAAACUUAACACAGCUUUACUUAGACAAGUGUAUGAAUCUCAAGUGUGUGCCAAAUAUAAUGUACCAGCUCACAUCGCUUCAGUAUCUAACAAUCCCAGGUGGGGCUUUGAUGAUGGGCCUCCAAAACCUUACGUCUCUUGAAUUCUUGACGAUUGAGCAGAAAUUCCCUCUGGAUAUUGUGCUGCCUUCUUCUAUAACCUCUCUUGAGAUCUUGAAUGAAGAAAAUUUGAAAUCCAUACCUGGGAGGCUCUUCCAAAAUCUAAGCUCCCUUCAAGACUUACGGAUAGAUGACUGCCCAGAGCUACGAUCUUUGCCAAGGGAAGCCUUUCCUCCCUCGCUUGGAGUAUUACACAUCAGUGGGUGUCCACAUCUAAAACGACAGUGCUUUGAGGAGAAAGGAGACUACUGGACUCUCACCCGUGGCAUCCCCCAGGUUGCGAUAGAUUCGGAUGAGGUAAUAACAUCCAGUGUGAACUGAAACAAGCAUCACCGUUUUAUGCUUUUCAUAUGAGAAUUUAGAAAAAUUAUAACACUUUUCUUUGACUUGUGCUACCUUUUCUUAUACAUGCGUUGCAAAUCCCUUUUUGUGCAGGUUGACUAAUAGAGCUAACUGCUAGCU